AUGGCUGGCAAUAAGAGCAAGGCGGACGGUAUGCGGCCAAAGGGGUCAGAAAAACGGACCUCCGGUGUGCAGAGCGCUUCGACCACCACCGAAACGAGCCGCUUUCUCUUUAAAACGGCAACAGCAACAACUGCAAAGACCGCACCUGCCAGCACUCCCAGAAACCCUUUCGUCUUGCCAUCAGCUGCGCCCUCAACGGGCCCAAACCCUAGCAUCACAACUACCAUCACCACCACCACCGAAAUAAAAACCCACAAGCCUCUUUCGAAAGAAGACUACCUUGCGCAAGCCGAGAGGCGGUAUUUGGCCAGCCGUGCCAGAGCAGACGCUGAGCUCAGGAGAUUGUACCAAACUCGCCCAUUUGCCAAACGUGCUGUCAAACGUUAUACCCAAAGGAGGUCACAGUGGGCGGAAUCUAGGAGGCGAUUGCAAAAAGCCGGCGCUUUCUUAGAGAACACCAUGGGCACCUUCAGCAAUGCUCAUACUUUGAACAACUCAAGACCCAGCGCGUCUGCUUCUAAGCCUCUACGAAAGACGUCACCCAAAGUCUCACCAGAGCCAUCGUCUGCCAAACCCCCGGCCCUUGUUCAGAACAGUUUCAGUAUAGGGGACCAUCCUGAUGAUGACUGCAGCAAAGCCCCCAGUGUCACCAGCAGCUCCGACGAGACUGUCAAGUCAGACACUAGGACGGUUGACUCACUUUCCACAAAUAUCACGACACCCGAUUUGUCCGAUUGUGACAGUUUGGUCAAAUCUGCAACGAAGCUGACCAAGCAGAAGACGACAUCAUCAUCAGCUGUGAUUCCCCCUUCACAAACUCAACCCGAUCUCGUCACAGAACAACCCAAUCUGAAAGCGGAAAAGUUCAAAAUCACAAUCAACGUCGAACCCGUAGCUUCAUCGAAGGAGUCCAAGUCGUCAGCCCAAAAAGGCAAAGAGGAUGCGGUGCCAACAACCACCCACGGCUCUCUGACGCCAAAGAAGUCAGUUGACCAAAAGGGCGAGAAGAAGCAGAAAUCGAGCAGCGACAAGGCGGACGGUCAAGAAAUUCCGAAGGAGAAGAAGUCUAAGAAGCACAAGCGGGAUGAAGAAAUCGACAAGGAGGAAGGUGCCAGCGAGCAGCAGCCCAAGGCGAAAAAGUCCAAGACCUCAGCAGAGCCCCCCACAUGCUCCGGUGCCGCCAUGAGUCCUGCCUCUAUCGACAAGUCAUAUAAACCCUACCCGAACGUGCCCCCAGAAAUCAGGAAGGAGCUCUUCGUCAUCAAGGCCGAAGAAAUGCUCUUUAACCCGCUCGGCUAUGAUGAUCUCGUCUACGAUGACAACAGACCCAGGAGCAAGCGUCCGAAGUGGAGGAAGACUGGCCGCAACACAGGUCACAACGAUAUGAUGAUGUCCGGUGGUAUCGGUCCUGCCGAUCUCUCUUCUCCUUCCCACAAGUUGGGCAAGGGUGAUGCCAACAAGAAGAACCGGUCGGACGGUGAUGACAGUCUGUCGAAGCAGGUGCUUAAGAAGGGUCACAACAAGCGGGUUGCGGAGGAGGUUGCUUCGCUCAAGAAGUCCUCGGCGACGGCGGAGUCGGGGUCGAGUUUCGGCGAGAAGAGGGAGAAAGAGUUCAAGAAGAAUAAGUACGGCCAUCGGGAUCAGCAGGGCGGGAAGAACUGGAAGCACAAGCCAAAUCAGUCGGGAAGCUUGGCGGCUAAGUUCAGGAAGCACAAGUAA